AUGUUAUUCCGGUCAAUCCUCCUCCUCGUCAUAUCGAAUGGUGUUCACGCUCAGAUCGCUGAUAUCGAUCGACUUGAACACGAUCUAUCCAGAUUUCUAUCGUUACCGAGGUAUAACUCGUCCGAAAAAUCUCGUGCAAGGAUGGGAAUACGUCAAGCGCUCUCCAGUGUAGGUCUGCAAACAACAUCGCACGCAUUUAUACCGGAUGAAGGGGACGACCUCGGAGUCAAUAUCCUUGCAAUUCAACGUGGUCCGCAUUACGAUACAGAGAAUGACCGAAUACUAGUGAUAUGUGCAAAUUAUGAUACCGAAGAGGAUAGCCCAGGGAUCGACGACAACGGUUCCGGUGUUGCGGCUGUGUUGGAGACAGCACGAGUGAUGACUGGAUUGGAUCGAUUGUACAAAAGAAAUAACACAAUAAUUUACGCAUUUUUCGAUAUGAAACAACAGGUUUGA